CACGUUCUUCAGUUCAUUCGUGGCUCUCAGUGUGUGAGGACGUUUCAUCUGCAAAGUAGGAAAAUUUCUCCCUCACAUUCUCUCUAACACUGUUCGAGUUUUCCCACAGAAGUAAUCCAAUACUUCUUGUCCUUUCACGGUGGUUGACUACGGGAUUGGAUUUUUAGAAUGGAUUUGUAGUGAUACGAGGGUGGUGCAAGAAGUGCAAGUUCCUUUAAAAUCUUCCUAUUUUUUCUUCUGAAAGAAUUUUCUUUCGCAUGUGUAACGCAGCUGGUGAGACAUUGUUCAUGAAAAUUGGCAGAAAAUUCAAUUGGAUUUACCGCACUCUCGCGUAAAGCCACCCAUCCCCCCUGUUGAAAGGGAGUUAAAAAUUUAAUGGGAUACACGGAGAUUUUUUGCCUCAAGACGUAAAAGAUUUCACGUGACUCAGAGCGGGUUGGGAGUACUUCUUGGAAUGGUGUGUGAGUCAUGUCCGAUGUUGAGCACCCACCAGUAUCCGAUGAACCAGAAGAUUUGGAUGAUUCACACCCACAUGAACAAACUAGCCGGUGUGCAGGUGUUGCAUUCCGUAUCAUCUUCUCAGCACCCGGAUUGGUACUCCUUGUGGCAGGCUACUCGGUGAUGGGGGCACUUAUUUUCCCACUUUUGGAAGCACCCACAGGACAAAACCCUGUUGCGGCGUCCAUCAUUAAAAGCCGCGAAGACUGCCUCAGGGAACUGUGGACAAUUACAGAGCGCCUCAAUGUGCUCUACGAACGCAAUUGGACGCUCCUGGUGCAUGAACAAUUGCGUCGUUUUGAGGGAUCCAUCGUGGCUGCCACAAAGGGUGGACUGGUGGAGGCUCUUGGGACAGAUCAUCGCUUCAGUGCGCCUAGAUGGUCCUUCACUGAAGCUCUCAUCUAUUCUGUGACCGUUAUCACAACUAUUGGACAUGGGAAUUUAACACCACGUACGUCGGAGGGAAAAAUCGUUACAAUGCUGUACGCCCUCGUGGGGGUGCCACUGAUGUUACUUUGUCUCUCGAGCUUAGGUGGGCGCCUAGCUGAAGCUUUGCAGUAUGCUUACAUGAAGGUGUGCCCAACACGAAGUCAUGGGGAUCGUCAGAAGUGCCGAGAGAAGAUUGCGGGUGACCAUCCAAUGGAUCAGGUGGAUUCAAAUUCACAUCGCUACGACGCCCUCCAGAGGCACAAAGAUAAUUCCAAAUACGAAGAAUCGUGCCAUCUCAUAAGAAAUUCACCUACAAAGACACUCAACAGCACUCCACAUUCGUCACCAAUGAAGAGCUUCCAGGGACCCCAUCAGACGUCACCGUAUCCACCAUCGAGUGGUCCAAUUGGGGGAAAUUCAGUGGUUUUCUUCCCAGCAAAUACCCUUCAGUGCCAGACACAUUUUGGUGGCAGCCAUCAGAUGCCUGUCAAGUACCACGGGAUGAUGCAGAUUCAUCAAACGACUCACUUUGGGACACCAAAUGCUAGUCCAACACUCCAUACGGCAACAGUUCACGGACUCGGAAGGAGUAAGUUUGUGCCGAAACCACUGCCACAAGAGAUAAAUAUGCUGCUGGCGGAGUGCGACAUUAACUACUCACCCCCUGGGAACGAUGAUAGCCCACAGAAACACCCCAGUGGACGAAUGGAAACUGUAGACGAGGAUGACGAUGAGGAGACAAAGAGUGGCUGUGCUCAUGAUACGCCAUCGCGUGUACCUCUCAUUAGUUGCUCAAGAGCAACUGGUAGUCGCUUAGCAGGAGACGGUAGUGGCCUUGCAACACCCCAGACGCCUCUCAAUGAAUCCGAUGUGGUGCCCCCGUCACCGCAAGUGCCCCUCCUGCUUGUACUCACAAUCCUGGCCAGCUACAUCGCCCUCGGUACGAUUGUCUUUUCCCUAUGGGAAAAUUGGAGCCUCGUCGAUGGGGCAUACUUCUGCUUUGUAACCCUCUCAACGAUUGGGUUUGGUGAUCUUGUGCCCCGGCACACACUACAUGGACCCGAUCUUCAACUGGCCGCGUGCUGUGCCUACAUUAUGCUAGGCCUAGUACUCGUGGCCAUGUGCUUCAGUCUCGUUGAGAGUCAACUUAUGUGGCGAUGCCGUCGUGUUGCCGUACGUCUGAAGCUCACGCACGACUAGUAGUAUUGUGGUGCGUGAGUGUGUGUGUUUAUAUUGGAAUAUUCAUUUUUAUAUAUAUGUAUGUAUAUCAGACUGCUCAAUCUCCUGUGAAUCGUGAAAUUGCUUAAAGUGGAAAUAAAGUGGACAAGAGUCAUAUCAAAUGUG